AUGUCACAUCCAUUUCAUAUUGCUUUUGUUGAACUUUUCAAUAAGAAAUAUUAUUUAAUAAUUGUACAAGAAACUUGUAAUCAAUCAAUAAAUAUUGUUAAAACAAUCAAUCCAUCAGAUCGUUGUGAACAUAUAAGUGAAAUAUUGAAUGAUGCCAUUGCUAAAUUUCAUCUUAUUCGUCGUAUUAAAUACUAUCAUUUGGUAUGUCAAAGACGAUCAUCAACAUCAUCAUCAUUGUCUUGCUUUUAUGAUGAUAAUUAUUUUUGUUUAUGUAAUGAUUAUGAUCAUCAACGUAUAGCAAACUGUUUUGAAUUUAAUUCUUCAAUUAAAAAUGAUUGUUUUGGUAAAAGUAAUUGUGAAAAUGGUGCACAAUGUUUGCAAAAUAGGCCAACUUGUCCACAAACAUCAAUGUGUGUUUGUUCAUUAUGUUUUUAUGGAACACGAUAUCAAUUUAGUUCAUCUUUAUUUGGUCUUUCACUCGAUGCUGUUUUAGGUUAUCAUAUUAAAGUAAAUGUUAACAUGAAAAAUCAAUCACGUAUUGUACAAAUAAGUCUAGUUUUAACAAUAAUUAUGAUCAUCGUAGGUCUUAUCAAUGUUAUUUUAUCUAUGAUUACAUUUAAGAAUAAAGCAACACAUCAAGUUGGUUGUGAUUUUUAUCUCUUAGGUUCAUCGAUUACUACUUUACUUAUUGUAAUCACAUUUGCAAUGAAGUUUUCAAUACUUAUCAUAGCACAAAUGACAUAA